UAAUGGUUUUAGUUAUUAAUGAUAUUGUAGACCUGAAUUAUCAAGUGUUUAAUUUGGUGGAUGAUUUACAUACUUCAAAUGAAGAAAAUCAUAAUCCAGAUAUUGCUAUGAACAAAGAUUAUAAAUUUAAUUUAGAAGAAUUAAUUCAAGAUCAAGAUUUUAAAUAA